GUUGAAUGGUUUGAUCCAACGGACUGUUGCAAUGCUUCGGAAGACAGCAUAUACAUAUUGAAUACAUUAUAGCAGAGACACUUAUUUUACAGCGCUGGACGUUUAGACUUCAUUAUAACGCCUAAAGUACGAACGCAUCGGCAUUUCGAAAUGCAUGCUGGGACAAACAGAUGCCUUAUUUGUUUAAUCUCCGUACUCAUCCGUAUGUACCAAUAUAGGUUAAAAACGAGGCUUUAGACAAACACGGAGCAUCUUUACGUGGAGUCAUCUGAAAGUUAAUUGGAUUGCGGGCCUUGCGACGAUACUUGCGUGUUCUGCGCACUUCAUUCACGCAUUGUGCCCGAGGCAGUGAGAGGACAGAGAUCUGCGCUGAUAAAUUACUGACAAUGAACGUGGAUUUACCUCCAGUCGCAACAUGGCUGCUGCUUAGAUGAUUAUUGGAAAAGUUCAGCCACGAACAUUAGGAAAGUUUGCGAAAAGGGACAUAAUUCAACUCCGAUUCGGGUCAGGCUGGAUAAGACUAUAGGAAAUCAAAGCGAGCGUAGCUCUCCGUCGGUCAGUUUGGUCCCUGCGUGACAGCAAACCAACACCGAGGACUUUACCUAAAUAUUCGCUUAACUUGUGAUUAUACAGUAGAAAUGCAUUUUUCCAUCCCUGAGACGGAGGUCAGGUCCGAAGAAAACGGAUCUUCAUAUGUGGCUUACAAUAUCCAUGUCAAUGGUGUCUUGCAUUGUCGGGUACGUUACAGACAACUUCUUGGCCUCCAUGAACAGAUGAAAAAAGAAUAUGGAAAUAACGUUGUGCCAGCGUUUCCCCCAAAGAAGAUCUUCACCCUCACACCAGCAGAAGUCGAUCAGAGAAGAGAACUGCUAGAAAAGUAUAUGCAAGCUGUUCGGCAGGAUCCUAUUCUGGGAUCCAGUGAGAUAUUUAACAGCUUUUUGAGAAAAGCCCAACAGGAGACCCAGAAGAUCCCCACUGAGGAGGUGCAGCUGGAAAUCUACCUGUCCAAUGGCCAGAAGGUCAACAUUAACAUCUACACGUCUGACCAGACCGAAGAUGUCCUGGAGGCCGUGGCAUCAAAGCUCGACCUCCCCGAUGAGCUGGUGGGAUACUUCAGCCUCUUUCUGGUUCAGGAGAGGGAAGAUGGGGGCUGCACAUACGUGAGAAAACUGCAAGAGUUUGAGCUGCCCUACGUGUCUGUCACCAGCUUGCACAGUCCUGAAUACCACAUCGUCCUCCGUAAAAGCUAUUGGGACACAGCAUAUGACAGCGAUGUCAUGGACAACCGUGUGGGACUGAACUUGUUAUAUGCUCAGACGGUGUCUGACAUUGAGCGGGGCUGGAUCUUGGUGAAUAAAGAUCAGCACAGACAGCUCAAAUCCCUGCAGGAGAAGGGCUCAAAGAAGGAGUUUAUCAGAUUGGCUCAGACGUUGAAAUAUUACGGCUACAUCAAGUUUGAUCCUUGCAUCACAGAUUUUCCAGAGAAGGGCUGUCACGUCAUAGUCGGCGCCGGCAACAACGAACUCAACUUUCAUGUCAAGCUGCCCAGCGAGCAGAUGAAAGAGGGCAGCUUCAAAGUCACACGCAUGAGAUGCUGGCGGGUCACGUCAUCUCAGGUGCCUGUGGCGAACGGUACCACCAACCCGAGCAGUUCCACUAAAUGUGAUGUGAAACUAGAACUGGCCUUCGAAUACUUGAUGAGCAAAGACCGUCUGCAGUGGGUCACCAUCACCAGUCAACAGGCUAUCAUGAUGAGCAUCUGUCUUCAAUCUAUGGUAGAUGAGCUUAUGGUGAAGAAAUCUGGCGGGAGCAUUAAAAAGCAGAUGCAGAAGAAGCGACUGAACGGCACUGUGCAUCGAUCUGAUAGUCAGCAGGCUGUAAAAUCUCCUCCAUUACUGGAUUCUCCUGAUCCCCCACGUGAACAAGUAGUCAAACUUUCUACCAAGCUGUCAUCUGUUUCCCUGAGAGGACUCAGUUCUUCCAACUCGGCGAGUGAUAUCAGCGGCAAUGAUUUCCAUGGAAACUACGCCUUUGAAGGAAUCGGGGACGAUGACCUGUGAUAGAGCCACCAUUAUAGACUGAAGGAAGGAGUGAUAAAAUCAGUUUCGUAGUUUAGCAGACGGCCAGUUCUGCAGUAUUGUAAUUUUCCUCUAUGAAAAAAAACAUAUUUUUCAAACAUUACAGCUCUGUUAAUAGUGUCAGAAAUAGAUAAACACUUUUUGCUGUCAAAACUUUAGUCUUGAAUUCAAGACUUUUCUAAAAGACAUAAUUGGGUCAACAUUUAAAUUAAUCCAGGAUUACAAAGUUGCCUCAGAGCAAGUUGUUGCAUCAAAAAGAGAUGUAACAUGUAGGCUGUGAUGAAGGUUCUUUCUGCAAACAGGCUCCAUUAACUCGUACUUCCUUACUAGAGACACAAAACUGUGCUUUUCCUCUUGUAUCUCAUCAUCAUGCAGGCGUGAAAUCUAAUUCCACCUUAUUUUCCUCUUGCUCGUGACUGCAAUUGCAUAUUUGAGUCAGAUCCAUACCAACAAAUUGUGUUUAUACUCCCUUUUAAAAUGUAUGGAGAAUAUUAUUUAAUAAAUACGCGGUUUGCUUUAUACUGUGCGAUGUGCCAACGUUUGCCGAUUAACAACCUUUUGCGUGAAAGGAUCAUUAUGUGAUUCUCUUUUGCUCUGAAAUCGCUAACUUGACGUGAUGCCUGUUGCAUAUUCAUUAUGGCGCCUGUGCUGUAAGUAUAUAAAAAUCAGUCUUCUGAUAGUGGCCUGCUUUUUUCUGCCUUACACUGAUUCAAUCGCCUUACAGAUCAAAAUCAACUUCUCAAAUGAAAGUAAAUGUAGCACCGGGGACAAGGGGCCUGGAAGCUGUGUCCUGGAUCUUGCCCGUUUGUUCGGUUCGGUAGGCUCGCCGCACCAGCUGAACCAGUGUAUUUUGCACAGUAUUAAGAAAGGUCGAAUGGCUUGGAUGGUUCGUCGGUUUGUCAUUUCAUUUUUGUGUUUGUCUGUUCGAACCAGUAUAUCGAAAAGGUUUCUCAUAAAUGCCAAAAUGAUAGCUCACUAAAGCAUUUUGCACAAGAAAUAAAUUCAUGGUAAUGUCACUUUUUAAAUGUACAUGCAAUUAAAAAAAAGUAUUUACUAAUCUGUAUUAUCUUUAGUAUAUUACAACCAAGAUCAAAUAUAAUCAACGACUAACAUUUAUCAUGGUUUACAAAAUUGUUAAGAAAGAAGUGUUUACAAAUCUAAAUUUCAUUGAUGGUUUUAGUACACUUUAUGUAUGCUUUAUUUUGUAAAACAUCAUUCCAGUCAUUUUUCUCAUACAUUUUGUAUUUACUAAAUACAUUGUGGCAAUCAUCUCAGAAGACUGUGAUAAUGUGGUGCCUGGAAAAUAGUUGUAUGCUGGGGAUUUGACUGAGUCAUAUUGAUACCCGAAUCUUUCAUUUUGCAGACAUGUACAUUUCCUCCAGGAUGUGUUUAAUUCAGAGGUCGCUCUAUUGCUAAUGUGCUAUGAGGGGGACUGAUUUAUUUUUGAACUAAUGACUGUAAUUUGUAAUUUUGAGAAUUUAAAGGGUAUACUGUAUAUUCUCUUAAACUUGUACAUCUCACUUAAAGCUCAUCAGUAUGAUUUGUUUUAUUUUUGAAUCCUCACAGUCAUGUUGAAUGAAAGGAUGGAAAUUAGGGUUUCAAUAAAUGUAGGUGCCAAACAAUGCCA